CUUCCAUCCCUCCGACAUAAUCAACCGUUUCCUCCUGAGCAAGAAUCGAAAUGCCAAGGUUGCUAUUACACAUGAUAACCAAUGGAUGGAUAUGAUGAAGGAAGGAUUAAGGCACGAGGACCUUCUCCAUGAAGAUCGUCUUGAAACGUUCUUAACACGAUGUUAUACCAUCUCUGUCGACUCGGAAGGCGAAAACAGUACAGUGUUUCUGCAAGGCAAAGCUAACGACACCAUGGACUCUGUUUCCUCCCUCGUUGACCCACAAGAUACAUCCGCCGAGCCCGAGAUGUCGGAGCCUCUUGCUUCCGGGUUUGAGCUUGAGGCGUCGUCCCCUCCCACAUCUGAGCUUGAGUUUUCUCCUCCUCCCACACCCUCCAUCGACAAUCCACGGAUUAUGUCUGACAAUGUUCUUGCAGGUAUCCGUGCUCGAAAUAUAAGAUUCCCUCUCCAUCGGAUCCCAGUUGGCUUUUUUGUUCUAGUCCAGUCUGGUAGUGACCAACGGAGAACUCAAAUCAAGUCUAUGCAGUUGAAUGAUAGUAUCGAGUGGGAGGAUGAGAUUCUGCUGCCCUCUAGAGCGUUUGACAAGGUCCGGUUCACGGUUUAUGCACCCUUCGAACUUGAACCGAUGUUGGGAAAUGGCGAGGUUCUCCAUACAUCAGAAAGCCCUGUAGAGGAGUUGGUGGGUGGCACACAUUGUGAACUUGCAACUCCUGAACCCUCACUGCUCGUUACCCUAGGACAACGGUAUUCUAACCAAUCGGCAGUAGCCCUAAGUGGCGAUGAUAGUAAUUUGCACUCGGAAGAAUCCUUGAACCUCAUUCAUGAGACAAAUUUAGGGCAAGAAGCUCUCCUCCGCUAUCACCGUGAAUACCAGAGGGAAGAUCUCGACCAUGCUGUCCGGCAUUUCGAACGUGCUUGGCGAAACUGUCCUUCAACCCACCGAUGUCGUGCGGUGGUGCUUGCCAACCUUGCGAAGGUCAAGUUCAUCAGCUAUCAAACUGACCCGACGGGUGCAAGUCUUGACGAGCCAAUCCAACUUUAUCGACAGGCCCUUGAUCUGCGCCGUCGUGGUCAUCUGGAUAGACCGACGACGUUAUUACAGCUUGCUCAAACUCUGUUAUUUCGCUAUGAGAAACAGGGAUGCAAUGAAGCUGUUGCAGAUGAGAUCAACGAGCUCAUGACCGAGUUCCAGGAUUUCUCUGAUGACAGCCCUGAAUGCAAGGCUGCGAAUUUCGUGCUCGAAAUGGUCAAGCGAUGCAGAGCUGUCAACUCUGGAGACUUAGUUGAACUUGAGAAGUUGGACUGGAAAUUGCAGCAUAGCAAGAUGGUACCUCCAGAUGGCUACCUUGACAGACCGCGGCGAUUGAUCAAACUCAGUACCGCAAUGUGGGGAGAGUGUGAGAAGCAUGGGAAACUCAGUGACCUUGACCAUUUGUUGGAGUUGAGCAAGCAAGCUUUGCGGUUACUCCCAAGUCGUCAUCCUGACAGGCUUCCUGGUCUAAGAACCCUUGGUGGUGUGUUGUGGAGGCUAUUUGAGGUCCAUGAUGACUUGAGCUACCUCAGAGAGUUGAUUGUGCUUUGUGAAGAAGCUCUACAACUCAUACCAGAGGGACAUCCUGAACAUCCAUACUGGGUCACCAAUUUCAACCUCUUGCUUUGUUCUUUUUUCUAAAAGCCAUCUUGUUGAGAUGUUGGAAUGCUUAGACAACAUGGCCUUCAAGUCCCAGGAAUGUGAUGAAAUAAUUGGACAGUGAUUAUGGAAAUGGACAGUAUAGUAACUAAAUUGUCUGGGCCUUUGGGGGGUCAGGCUGAUCAGGCAUCUGUUCUAGUGAUAGCAGGGUUUAUAUAGAGAACUGAGAUAUGAACUGAUUGGAUUUUGUGGGGAUCAAGCCAUUGACUAUCAUAUACAUAUUUAAGGGAGGAUGUGAAAAAUUGCUGAUAGUCAAUGACUAUUUUGUAUAUUUCAAUAUUUUGAG